AAGCAUUCUAAAUGUUAGUUCCAUAUUGUAUGUGUUAGUUAAUAUAUCACUUAUUGUACCAUGUCUCAUGAGAUAUAUUUAUCUAGUUCUAAGGGCAGUAUUUAGUGUGUUGUGUCUGUAGCAACGCGCGAUCAAUGUUUCUAGAGCAAUUAACACAUCACUGGUAUCGGCUAUUGUAUUGAUAUAUCCAUCUUUAUCGCAUAUUGUAACAUGGAUGACAGUACUGCUGGUCCAACAUCGGACGGUAACGACCGUCCUGAUUGGUUGGUAUAUCCUGAGGAUUCCUAUAGCUUUCGGGAUGAUUCUGCACCGAUAGGUCAAGGAUUACUGUUUAGGACACCUGAGUCAUUGCUUUGUAAGCGCAUACGUGCUUACAAUCAAAACGGUUUAAGGAUAACUGUUUAUGGAUUAAUCCUAUGUCAUCGUAAUGGCUUCCCGUGUAUACUUGUACUAAGGGAUACAUCUGGCAAUAUAGGUCUAUUAGGUGGCAAGUGCAAGUCUUUCGAGAACCCUCGUGAGGUGCUUAAACUGAAGUUAGCUAGGUUUGUAUCUACUUCUAGGAAGGGAGUUCACCAGCUUAAUGUGCGUGCUAAUGUUGAUACCAUUAUAGUUGGUGAGUUUAUGGGUGAGUUCUGGCGUGCUGAGUACGACUCGGAUGUUUUACCAUAUUUGCCUUUGCACAUUAACCGUCCUCGUGAGAAGAUAUUGAUAUACCAGGUCACACUUCGUGAACAGUGUUCGUUUAUCGCACCUGGUGACAUGCACAUUGAGCCAAUGGCGUUACAUGAGUUCUACUGUGCUGAGCAGAGUGUGGCGAUAUCCGCUUUGCCACACCUGCUGACGCGUUUCAACUUAUCGUUUAUGCAUCACGUUUGAUGGGG